AUGUCCAGCCAAAACAGGCCGUCCUCCCCAGCUCCCCAACAUCGCCGACGAUCCUCCUUCAUUGACAUGUUCAACCCUCGUUCCAACACUACGAACACCGGACUCUCAUCCUCCCCACCUACCAACACAUCCUCGACUCCCAACACUAAUCACCACCGAAGAGGCACUUCCAUCACCGGGCUAGGCCUCACCACGAACCCCUCCGGCCAGACUCCCUUCUCAGCCUUUCAACGCCGAGCAAGCAUCGCGACCUCGUCGGUUUCAAGCUCUCCGGACUUCAAGAAUAGCUUUGGUGACGAACCCGCUGUCAUUGAAGAGGAUGAUACAACAACACAGGCAAUUGGACAACCUCCAUCUCCAUCCUUUGCUAGAAGAGUUAGCUUUGGAGCACAAGCGUUACGAGACGUGAGAAUGGGCUCAAGCCCUGGUUCUGCUGCUGGCGGUGGUAGGCGCCCCUCGUCUUCCCUUUUUACGCUGGUUGAGAAUUCAAAUUCCGAGAAUGCCACUCCUUCGCGACCAAGCUUGACGGGCACGGCCAAGACUACAGAAGGCUUCAACUGGUCAGAGGCUCUCCGUGAUAGGUCCAGACGCUCUCCGUCCUUCUCUUCCGGCAAUCCAUUCGCUCAGGGGGCCAGUCGACCGCGAUCGGGAAGCAUCUCCACUCCAGAACCGCCAAAGGAGAUCCCAAAGGCUGUCGAGCCCCCUGCUCCGGCUAGAAUGAAGAAGCCAGACCAUUUGGGUGAACGAAUGCUUCGUGGUGAUUUUAUGAUGGACUAG